AUGGCAACCACUAUUGAUAAAAAAUAAAACACAAAUACAGAUUUAUAAAAACGUUCUGCUGUUAAUAAUACUGGUACUUAGAAAUAAAUAUCGGCAAAAGUCAGAUUUUUAAGUAGUAACUGGGCAAGUAUUAUAUCUGUUACAUUUUGUUUUCCAUUAGAGGUUCUUAAAACAAGACUACAGAUUCAGGGAUAAAUGAGCCAUGAAAAAUAUGGAGUCUUAUCUUUAAAGAAGAUAAUUUAAGAAGAAGGAUUCAGGGGCUUGUACAGAGGUUAUUAGGUUUCAGUUUUCUGUAUUCCGCUCUUUCAUACAAUUUAUUUCCCAUUAUACGAGUCAACGAAGUUAAGAUUCAAAGAAGAUUACGGUUGGCAAGAUGAUUCAUUUAAACUCUAUUCGGCAUCAGCUGGUAUUAGCGGUUUGAUCUGUAACAUAAUUACAAAUCCAUUCUGGGUUGUUCGCACUAGAAUGCAAGCUGAAAUUUUUCGAUCUGCGUAAUAGGAGCAUUACGAGCGUGUUUACCAAGGACUAUUUCACUCCCUAAACAAAAUAAGACAUGAAGAAGGAGCAAGAGCUUUAUUCUCUGGUUUGACAGCUUCGAUACUAGGAAUCAGUCACGCUCUAAUUUACUUCCCUCUCUAUGAAAAAUCAAAGUUAUAUUUCAAGAGAACAUUUUAGCCAGAUGAGGACAAAUUAAGUGGACGCUACGUAUUCCUCAGUGCUAUUUUAUCUAAAUUUUUGAGAGCGAGAUAAUAAGAUUCGAGGAAAACUGAAAAUAGUAGCAAUAAAUUAAGGCAUGUAUUGAUGAAUUCCAUCAGAAAAGAGGGCUACUUAGCAUUGAGAAACUAAAGGGUUGAAGCUGGAUAAGAAGAUAAUGAUGAACUUAAUUAACGAAAGAAAAAAGGUAAAAAAGGAGAAGAAGACGAGGAUGAACUAGAGAAAUCUUACAGGGAAAACGCAAAGAGUCUACUAAGUACCUCAGUCUAUGAGAAAAUAUAGAAGUAUUCACCAUUCUAUCUCAAACUCAACACCUUAAGUGAGAAGAUAAGACUUUAUACUCAGAUAUUUGAUAGUUCUAAAAAAUCUCCGGAGUCUGGAUCUCAAACUAAUAAGCUACAGAAAUAUUUUGGUCCAUAUAAUGUAAAAAGACUUAAAGGAAGCAGUGUCACAAGAAAUUAGAUCAAAGGUAGGAAAGUCAGUUUCAACAACAGAGAAGAAUUGUCUAGUUUUUAAGUAAGCAGGAAUUACAAUACUAAUAACGGUGGGGAUGGAUCUCAAUAGCUUUCAAAAGCUUAAAGAUUACUUUAGGAAAAUCUAAGAUAUAAAUUAGGUGCUAUUGAGGAGGGUGGAAACUCAAUAGGCAUUAAUCAAAUAUCCUAGAUAAGUGGUAACUCAAUGGUCAGGAUGAGUGGCAAUAUUGGUGAUUACAUAAAAAAUACAGUUUCACUUUAGCAGAAGUUACAACAGUCAUCAGACCUCGCUCAUUUGGAAUAGGCAAAUACUGUUAAAAACGACAUGAAGGAAAAACUCAAGAGUAUUAUUAUCAAACGCAGAGCUCAUGUUGAUGAGGUUAUCUUGAGUCCUCUAUAAGAAGAGGAAAUUAAGAUUAAAGAGGAUAGUGAGGAAAAAAAACAUAGCAAGAAAGGUAAAUAUCUGAGGUAACUUAACACUGAAGACGAGGAAAUUGAUUUUAUCAGAGGACAUAGGCAUUACAAGUCACACAUACCCAAAUUAGGUCACCACUAAACAAGCAAUCCUAGAAUGAACUAAACAUAAAAUAUUGUGAGGGAAAGUGCAGACUAAAACAGAGAAAGAAUGAUUAAAGCCCUUAACAAGGAAUCUCUAUAUAAGAAAUUUGUCAAUUCUUUCCUCCUAAAGAAUGAUAUCAUCACGAAAUCACUAGAUAAUCGCCUACACUAAAUUUAGAAUUUGAGUUAGCAUGAAGAUUAAUAAGAAAGAGUUAUAAAGAAAAAGACCAGAAAUAAAAUCAAAUAAAACAAGUCAGGUGCAAUUCAUUCCAACAAAGAUUCAAAUAGCAUGAAUGUUUCCUUGCCAAGCAUCAAGAAUAUCUAUUCAAAGCAUGAAUUUUUGCCCAAGUCUUCUUCUAUUGUUGAAAGAGCCAGAUUAACCUAUCAAACUCCUAAGGCUUAAGAUUAAAGACGCUAUUUAUAGCCAAUCUAAGACGAUCCUGAAUCGAAAAUAACUUCCAAAUUUGGAAGCAGAGCUUAAAGCAUGUCUCAUUCCUAAACUUAAUUGAGACAUCAUUUCAAGAAUAUCAGCAGUGCCAAUUAACAGUUGAAUAACUCAAGUCACAAUGCUAUCUAAGAGGGAAGCCAUAUCAGUGGAGAUGUUAAUGAUCCAAUAUUUGAGGUUAAGAAGAAAAAAUACAGAACCAAACGAAAGAAGAACAAAAGUAAGAAAAGAGAUUUCACUAUUUCAAAAUCUUUCCUAACUACUAAUGAAGUAUACAUGGGUGUUCAAUGA